AUGGAAUUGCCUGCUGAGGACGAGACUUUGUUGUUUACCGGCACGCCAGACGGUACCAUUGUCCAAUUGCGUAAUGCCCUACAGCGCCAUGAGCGGCGUAUCAUGGACAAUGCCGGUAGAGCUGCCUCCACCAGCCGUGCAACCAGCACUCGGACGACAACCAGUGGCAGACAACCUGCUCGAACCGGCGCUGCUGGGUCAUCCGUAAAUUCGUCAACCCGAUGUCAGAAUUGCCGCCGUACCGGGCAUGCCGCCGAGAAUUGCCCGCACCCGAAGCGUCCUGCUGACGCUUGUUAUCGCUGUUGGAAGAGUGGCCAUCGCCUCCAGAGUUGCCCGAACGAGUCGGUGUUUCGCACUCAGCGUUUUCCAGCCAGUGUGGUAGCCGCCGUCAUAGACGAGACGGCCGAGUCUGGAGAGAACGGUGAUGAUACCGUGCAACCGGUCAACAAAGUGGGUAUCGUUUUCACUACUAGGGGAUUUAAUCAGAAUGAGCACUCCCGACUCAUGAACUCCCUUUUUGACACGGGUAGUCCAAAAUUAGCUUCAUCCGCCAGUCGUCGCUGCCCCAGGAGUGCCAGUCAGCCGCCUGCGAGCUACCGAUGCGCGGAGUGGGGAACGGAAAGAUCGUCGCUAUGGGAAAGGUCGCCGCCAGAAUAA